AUGCCUGUAACAGACGUACCCCAAGUGCAAUUUGAACAACCAGACCUGCUGUCAGCCAACACAAAUUUCCGCCCCGCAAACAACCCAAAACCGAAAUCUUCUGAACAAUUGAAAAUGGACGGAUUUACGAAAAGGCCCAUUACACUGAGCAAAAAAGCCCAAUUAGACAUGCAAUUGCUGCUCAUGAUAGCAAAAGAAUACCAGCCCUUUAAUUUAGUAAACGACAUAGAGUUCAGAAAAUUCGUGACCCUAUUGAAUCCAUCCUACACUUUACCGACCCCGAAAACCCUGUCAGAAAACCUCCUGCCCCAACAAUAUCUAAAGCUCAAACAAAAAGUUAAGGAUCAGUUAUCAAAGGCUCUUGCAGUAUGCGUCACAACCGAUGGCUGGACUUCAGACAACAAUGAGAGUUUUAUCGGUGUCACUGCACAUUAUAUUGACCCGGAGACCAGUGAACUUUGUUCAUAUUUACUCGGCUGCAUCGAAUAUGAAGAAAGUCAUACGGCAGAAAAUCUUCAUCAGUUUUUGAGAGAGCAGUUCAAGGAGUGGGAUAUUGGACAUAAAGUGGGGGCGAUCGUAAGUGAUAAUGCAGCUAACAUUUUGGCUGCAAUCCACUUAAGUGAUUGGCGGUCAGUCAGCUGUUUUGCUCACACGCUUAACCUAAUUGUACAAACUGCCCUCGGAUGUAUAUCGGAAAUUACAGGCAAAGUAAAAAAAAUUGUAGAAUUUUUCCAUAGAUCGACAACAGGAUUAAAUAAACUAAAAAGUAUACAACUACAAAUGAAUGCACCCCAAUUGAAAUUGAAGCAGGACGUUAUUACACGCUGGAACUCAACGUAUGACAUGCUGGAUAGGGCCACAAAGAUAAAAGAAGCCUUGAUUGCUACAUUGGCGCUUAUCAGACAAGAUUUAGUACUAUCCGCUGAAGACUGGAGGGUAAUCGAAAGUGCUGUCCCGAUUUUAAAAAUUUUCUACGAAGUCACUACUGAAAUUUCAAGCGAGAAAACAGUAAGUCUCUCCAAAGUGAUCGUCUAUUGUAGACUACUUUCGCGACACAUAGAUCAGCGCGUGUCGCGAACAGAAUUAGAAGAUCCAACCCAGAUCAAGAAUCUGCUGCAAACAUUGCAAGAUCAAUUGAAAAAGCGUUUCAAAAAUAUAGAAACGAGCGUGUUGCAUGCGGAGAGUACGAUACUGGACCCCAGAUUCAAGCACCGAGGUUUCCGACUUGAACAGAACUACGAAAAAGCUUUAGCAGACCUGAAAACAAAAGUAGGAGCAAUGCGACCAGCAAAUACGCCGCACCUGGCUGAACCUGCGCCUCCUUCUGCUAUCGCAUCGAACACACCAUCUGCAACUGCAACCUCGGGAAACUCAAUCUGGAACGAAUUUGAUACGGAAAUAGCAAACCUAGUUCCAGCAAACAAUACAGCGGCGGGAAUAGUCGAAAUUAAUAAAUAUCUGCAGGAACCUAUUAUUAAUAGGACUUUACAAAGUCCUUGGCUCAACCACAACCAUGCUCAACUGCUCAGUGAUUAA